AUGCACGAAAUUAUCACACUCCAGCUGGGGCAGCAGGCCAACUACCUUGGGACACAUUUCUGGAAUACUCAGGAAUCGUAUUUCACAUAUUCUCCAGAGCAACCAGAGUCACCCAUCGACCAUGACAUUCAUUUCAGGCCCGGUCUCGCUCCCGAUGGCACCGAGACCUUUAUGCCUCGCACCGUAAUUUACGACCUCAAAGGCGCCUUUGGCACACUGCGCAAGAUCAACGCUCUCUACGACGUCAACGACGAGGCCACACCUCCUCAUGCUCUCUGGCAAGGCCCCCAAGCACCGGCCACCACAACCCUCACCACAGCCAACGUCCCAAUCCCCUUAUCCCCCUACCUCGCCGCCCUCAACGCCGGCCAGCCCACUACCCGCCCAACCCCAUCCCAAGUCCGUUUCUUCUCCGACUACGCCCGCGUCUUCUACCACCCGCGUUCCAUCGUCCAGCUGCACGAACACUCCCACACCCAGCAACAACAAGCCGCUUCCCCCUCUUCGGGCACGAUAGGCAGUUUCGACCACCACGCGGCGGGUGAGUCGUUAUUCCGUGACCUGGAUAGGGAACAUGACUUGUUGGAUCGGGAUCUGAGGCUGUUUGCGGAGGAGGCGGAUUGUAUGCAGGGGGUGCAGGUUUUCGCUGGGUGGGAGGAUGGAUGGGGAGGGUUUGCGGCGAGGUAUGUGGAAAGAUUGAGGGAUGAGUAUGGGAAGGUGGGGAUUUGGGUUUGGGGGUUGGAGGAGGGUGCUGUUGCGGGGGUGAGGAGGGAAAAACGUCUCCUCAAACUCACCAACAAAGCCCGCGCCCUCACAGAACUCUACAAACAAGCCUCCAUCGUCAUCCCCCUCGCCGUGCCCACCUGUCUCCGCCACAACGUUCGUCUCGACCUUUCCAUGCCCUGGCACACCUCGGCCCUGCUCGCGGCCGCCAUGGAAAGCGCCACGCUCCCAUCUCGCCUCAAAGACCCGCUCAAGCGCGAGUCCCUCGGUGGUAUGGCGGACGUGCUUAAUGUCAUGGGCAAGCAGAGCGUGGCGGGACUGCAGAUGAGUUUUGGCAAGCCCAAUGAUGGCGACAACAACGGAGGGCAAGGGAAGGGAAGUAGGAAAUUGUCAGAGGAAGAUCUGGCCGAGGGUGUGCAGUUGGAUAUGCGGUUUACGCCGUCUGAUCGGUUGGAUCCGUACGCGAGGUCGAUGAAUGGAUUCAGCGGGCCGAGGGUGUUUAGCCAGCUGGUAAUGUCGAGGGGGUAUGAUGAGAAUGAUGAGGAAGACAAGGAGGGUGUGGAGAGAGACGCUGCGGGACGGCGGAUCCGGAGGAGUGCGUAUGAGCCCGUGACGAAGAGCUACACAUCCUCCCUUCGUUUCCCCAUCCUCGACAGUUUCCCGCUCAUCUUCCAAGACACAACAACGACAACCACUUCCGACGACGAACCAAACCCGCUCACCGACCCCAUCAACAUCACCACCGCUCUAUCUACCGACUCGUCCGUCUCUGGCAAGCUCAAGCAGCUGCGCGCGACCGUGAUCCGCUCCAUCGGCCUUGAGGACCGUGAAACGCUCGGAAAUGAUUUGUUAGAGAUGGCAGACGAGUACCACGAGGGAUGGUCGAGUGGGAGUGAUGAGGGGGAGGAUGAUUGA